GUGAGUCACACUGUGGAGGAGAGGAGAUCAUUCAGGAUGCCGGAGCCAGUCAAAAAAGCAGUUUCAGCCUUUGCGAAGAAACCAAAGAGUCAGGAGGCAGAGGAGGGGUCCUCUGUGGUCUUUGAAGCAGAGACCGGGAAGGCUGACGCUAAAGUAAAAUGGCAGUGCAACUCAAAGGACAUCACCGGUGGCGACAAAUAUGUGAUCACAGCCAACGGAAACAAGCACUCCCUCGCCAUAAACACCGUCACCAAGGAGGACACCAAUGUCUAUGCUGUGAUUGCUGGGGGGUCAAAGGUCAAGUUUGACUUGAAGGUCAUAUCAAAGCCAGAAGCUCCAGUUGAGGCUCCAGUCGAGGCUCCAGCUGAGGCUCCAGCUGGGGCCCCUGCUGAUGCACCCACGGAGGCCAGUGUAGAACCGGAGCAGGCCCCCGCUCCGCCUGCAGAAGCACCCACAGAGGACCAGCCUGCUGCACCAGCCGGUGAUGCUCCUCACGCCGAGGAUGGACAGCCCCCGGACACCCCACAGGCCCUAACUGGACUCUUCACAGAGAAACCCCAGAGUGGAGAGGUCACUGUAGGUGCUAACAUCACGUUUGUGGCUAAAGUGAAUGCCGAGUCGCUGCUGAAGAAACCCACCAUCAAAUGGUUCAAAGGGAAGUGGAUGGACCUGGCCAGCAAGUCUGGAAAACACCUGCAGCUAAAGGAGACGUAUGACCGCAACAGUAAGGUCUACACGUUUGAGAUGCAAAUCAUCGCAGCCAAGGCUAACUUUGCUGGAGCUUACAGAUGUGAGGUCACAUCCAGGGACAAGUUUGACAGCUGUAAUUUUGACCUGGCUGUACAUGAGGCUUGUGCUGCUCCUGAAGGUUUUGACAUAAGAACAGCAUUUAGACGCACUAGCACAGAUGGAAAUGAAGACUCGGGAGAGCUGGACUUCAGUGCCUUGUUAAAAAAGAGCAGUUUCUUAAAACACUCAAAUCGAACUGUGCAAGUGCAGAGCGCAGACCCUGACGUGGACGUGUGGGACAUCCUCAGCAAGGCGCCUUCUUCAGAAUAUGAGAAGAUUGCUUUCCAGCACGGCAUCACCGACCUGCGAGGCAUGCUGAAGAGACUGAAGAAGAUGAAGAAGGAGGAGAAGAAAAGUGCAGCUUUCCUCAAAAAGUUGGAUCCUGCUUACCAAGUGAUGAAAGGACAUAAAAUAAAACUGGCUAUUGAGGUUGCCAAUCCAGACGCUGAGGUGAAAUGGCUGAAGAACGGACAGGAAAUUCAACCAACUGGAAGCAAGUACAUCUUUGAGAGUGUGGGCAACAUGCGCUACCUGACCAUCAACCACUGCUCUCUGUCAGACGAUGCGGCCUAUGCCUGUGUGGUGGGAGAGGAGAAAUGCACUACUGAGCUCUUUGUUAAAGAGCCUCCCAUCCUGAUUGUGAAGAAUCUGGAGGAUCAGAUGGUCAUGAAAGGCGAGCGGGUGGAGUUGGAGUGUGAAGUGUCCGAGGAAGGAGCCAAUGUUAAAUGGGAGAAAGAUGGUGUGGAGCUGACAAGAGACGAGGCUUUCAAGUAUCGUUUCAAGAAAGACGGCUGCAAACAUAUCCUGAUCAUUAAUGAGGCCACAAAGGAAGACUGCGGCCACUACAAGGUUAAAACCAACGGUGGCGAGUCAGUGGCUGAACUCAUGGUGCAGGAGAAACAGCUGGAGGUCUACCAGAACAUCGCAGACCUCACAGUGAAGGCAAAGGACCAGGCGAUGUUUAAGUGCGAGGUGUCUGAUGAGAACGUGAGGGGAACCUGGUACAAGAACGGUGUAGUCGUUCAGCCUGACGCCAGAAUAAAUAUCUCACAUAUUGGCAGGAUCCACAAACUGACCAUUGAUGAUGUCAAACCAGAGGACGAGGCAGACUACACUUUUGUGCCAGAUGGACAUGCUUUCAACCUUUCUGCUAAACUCAAUUUCUUGGAGGUGAAGAUCGACUAUGUGCCACGCCAAGAUCCUCCCAAGAUCCACCUGGACUGUUUGGGUCGCACUGCCGAUUCAACCAUCGUGGUGGUGGCUGGCAACAAACUGCGUCUGGAUGUCCCCAUCACUGGAGACCCUGCUCCCACAGUGGUCUGGACCAAAGGAGAGAAGGCUAGUUCUGUAAAACCUGACGGAGAAGGGAAAGGAGAGCCGACAUCCUCUUGGACCCUGAAGGAUGGGGAUGUCCUCACAGAGUCAGACGGUAGGGUCCAUGUUGAAACCACCAAAGGACACUGUAUCUUCACCAUCGAGGGGACGGAGAGGCAGGACGAGGGAAGCUACUCUGUUGUGGUUCGAAACCCCGCUGGGGAGGACACAGCAGAUAUCAAUGUGAAAGUCGUCGAUGUUCCAGAUCCUCCCCAGGCUCCCAGAAUCCUCAGCGUGGGAGAGGACUCCUGUGUGGUCCAGUGGAACCCCCCUGCGUUUGAUGGUGGACAGCCAAUUAUCGGCUAUGUGGUGGAGAGAAAGAAGAAGAGGAGCUACAGGUGGAUGAGACUGAACUUUGACCCUUAUCCUGACACAACCUAUGAAGCCAAGCGGAUGAUUGAAGGGAUGGAGUACGAGAUGCGAGUCUAUGCUGUCAACAGCAUCGGCAUGUCAACUCAUAGUCCGGCUUCACAGCCUUUUGUGCCAGUCGCCCCCACAAGUGAGCCCAUCGGACUGUGCGUGGACGACAUCAGUGACACUUCCAUCUCGCUGAAGUGGCGGCAGCCUGAGAGGAUCGGCUCGGCUGAACUCGAGGGUUACGGGGUUGAGUACUGCAAGGAGGGCACGGAUGAAUGGAUACCAGCCAUUCAGGGUCUGACCGACCGCACAUCACUGACAGUCAAAAACCUCACCACCGGAGACAAGCUGCAGUUCCGUGUGCGGGCCUACAACAUGGCGGGUCCCAGUGCUCCUGCCUCUCUGGCUCAACCUGUUACCAUCAGAGAGAUUAUGCAGCGCCCUAAAAUUUGGCUCCCCAGAAAUCUCCGCCAGACUCUCAUCAAGAUAGUUGGAGACACUGUCAACAUUGUGAUUCCAUUCAAUGGUAAGCCCAGGCCAAAGGUCACAUGGAGCAAAGACGGGGAGGUUCUGCACCCCUCAUUCGCCAGUGUGAGGAACAGCGAAGUGGAUACGAUCCUCUUCAUCCGCAAGACGGAGAGAAAACACUCGGGACAGUACGAUCUGCAGGUGCAGAUUGAGAACGUGGAAGACAAAGCAAGUAUCACGCUGCAGAUUGUUGAUCUCCCAGGGCCCCCCAAGGAUCUGAAGAUCAUGGAUGUCUGGGGCUUCAAUGUGGCACUUGAGUGGAAGCCACCUAAGGACAACGGUAACUGUGAAAUAACUGGUUACACCAUCCAGAAAGCUGACAAGAAGACCAUGGAGUGGUUCACGGUCUAUGAGCUGUACAGGCGAACCAACUGCGUCGUGUCUGACCUCAUCAUGGGGAAUGAGUACGUCUUCCGAGUCUUCGCCAACAACCUGGUGGGCCUUAGCGUGGACCCCUGCAACACAACAGACAGCGCCUUCAUCCAGAAAACAGGUAUUGACUACAAGCCGCCCAGCUACAAGGAAUUUGACUUCUUACAGGCUCCCAAGUUCACACAACCACUGGUGAACCGUUCCAUCAUCGCAGGAUACAGCACGACCCUCAGCUGCUCAGUCAGAGGCAUACCAAAGCCCAAAGUGACCUGGUACAAAAACAAGAUGGACAUCUCAAAUGAAGCCAAGUACCGGAUGAUCAGUAAACAAGGUGUCCUGACGCUGGAGAUCCGUAAGCCCUGUACAUUCGACGGAGGAGUUUAUAUGUGCAAAGCAGUCAACGGGAGUGGGGAAGACAUAGUGGAGUGUAAACUGGAGGUUCGCCCUCAAAUUGCUAGAGAAGAAAAGAAGUAGAGUAGAGUUUUAAGCUGCUGACUGAAGAGAAGAUGGAUUCGUCUCAUGCAUGUUGACUGUUUAGUGUCACAAGAGACUCUUCACCUGCAUCACAAACUGUUUAGCUUACAUCAUUUUGUGUUUGUGCACCAUUUCUUCUUGAAUCAUCUUGAAUCUCGUCAUCCUCACUGUUGUGUUAGCAUCGUAUAUACCACUGGAUUACUGAAUCCUACACUCAUCUCUAAGAGGAGAGAUAAAGGGAUAAUGGUGUCCAGUAAAUAUGCAUAUUAGAUAAAGACAGAAGAAAUAUUUAUGACAUUAAUUUAUGAUUUUGUCUUUCAUUUAUUUCAGCUGAUCCAAAAAGAAUGGAUUAAAGUGUUUGGAUUUGUUUGUGUGCUUACAAAG